CUAGUUUGGGUAAUUUUGGAGUCUGAUUUUAAUCGGAAACUGGGUGAGCAAUAAAAUGCUUGAAUGAUUUUCCAAAGUCCAUCCAUUUAGCUGACAUCCCGCUUUUCGGAAUCAUUGGGCAGAUCGAUCGUGAAUCAGCGCCUAAUGUCCGGAGUACUUUGUCGUCCAGUGGGGCCUGACUAAUAACAACUGCAGUUAUAUAAACAGUGCUUAAUUGGAAAAGUGCCCAGUGGAUAAUUACACCAAGAUGCGUGAGGUACUCACCCGUAGCGUAUGUGGCAUGUGCCUGAUGCUCGUGAUUUUCGUUCCCUUGAGCGGGGCAUGGCGCUCUUUUAAGGUAAUUCUCACCAGUGUUGACUUUGAGGUCAAUGAUAAGUUCGUGGAUGUCAAGGCGAAACUUCAGAAUGAUACUGGCGAUGCCAAACUGACUCUGGACAUAAUGGUCCUCGAGGACAUAGAUGACGUGGAGAUGGCAAUAGACGUGGCUCUUGAGACAGAAAAGGGGAAUUAUUCCACCCUGAUCACCCGUUCCAUUAACUUCUGUAAGCUGAUGAAGCAGCGUAACACUGAUCCUCUGAUGCGUCUCAUCUACGACGACUUGCUGAAGCAUGGAUCAUUUUUUAAAGAGUGUCCCAUCCGGAGAGGACCCUUUAGUUUGACUGGCUACAAGGUAGACGAGGAAGCGCUCCCCAGUUUUCUGCCAGAGUCCAAGUUUCGGUUUGGUCUGCAUAUCCUAAAGCCAAAGAAGGAAACGAUCGUUCGAGGCACCAUUUUCGGACGGGUCGACAAGUCCAAGGGCUUCGACAAUCUGAAAAGAUUUAGUCUGGGCUGACAUCCUUCGAAGGCCUCCCAAUAAAACUCCGCUGUGCUUCUCA